GGGCCGCCCCCCCUGCCGACGCCGACGCGCCCACAACCCGUCCCAUUUUCUCCCCUUCUCUUCCCCCAGUGCUCCGCGCAUCGACGCAUCGCCGCCUCCUCCCUCCCCCAGAAGCCGGACAGGGUCCACACUCUCCUCCUCCUCCCUCCGCACCACCAUCAUAACCAAGUCGUCAUCCGCGCCGCCCGCCGAAACCGGGAGCUGCGAAUCCGACGCCCAUGGCACCCUUGAGACUCCUCCGGUCCGCCGUCGGACGGCUCAGGACGGCGGCGCCCGCCGGCCGCGCAGCUUUCUCCAGCGCCGCCGCCACGACGGAGGCCAAGGCGACCGUCCGCGAGGGGGUGAUCGCCGCCGCCGCCGCGGCCGUCGCCGGGUCCGGGCUGGGGCUCUGGCUCAUGCCGCCGGCGCUCGCGGACUCCGGGGAGCUGGCCCGCGCCGCCGCGCCUGGGCAGAUCGCCGCGGCCGGGCAGAUCGCCGCGGCCGGGCAGAUCUCGGCGGCCGCCGGCGCCGUCGAGGAGCGGCACGAGAAGCCCAAGAGGUUCCUGCUCGCAGACUCAUACCGCCGAAGGGUGUUCUUCAACUACGAGAAAAGGAUACGGCUUCGCAGCCCUCCUGAAAAGAUUUUUGAGUAUUUCGCGUCUGUGCGAAAACCGGAUGGGGAAAUGUUCAUGUUGCCUGCCGACUUGAUGAGAGCGGUGGUCCCUGUUUUCCCUCCAUCGGAGUCGAACGUCGUGCGGGAAGGGAGGCUAAGGGGGGAACCCAGCCCCGGAGAGUUGCACUGUGCUCCAUCCAAAUUCUUCGUUCUAUUCGACACGAACACCGAUGGUCUCAUCUCGUUUGCCGAGUACAUCUUCUUUGUUACAUUACUCAGCAUUCCUGAGUCAAGCUUCAGUGCGGCCUUCAAAAUGUUCGACGUUGAUCUCAGUGGACGUGUUUUGUUUACUGAAGCUGCUAAAGGUAUGUUAUCCCUUUUGUUCUCUUUGAUCGAUUUAUGCAUAAACAAGAUACAUUUGAAUAAUAUCUUGUUUGUGCUAUAUUGUUGUUUACCUGUGAUCAUUCGCGUGCAGUUAAUUUCUCUUGUCGCCCAGAAAAAAAGACCUGCUCUUUAUGAGCAUGUUCAAUCAUCUGGCUUGUUAGUUGAUGGUAAAACAAGGGUAAUGAACAAAUUUUGGCAAUCUUCUUCUCGGUUGUUUUGUUGUUCUUAUCUGUCGAUUCUCAUCAUUUCCAGGGAGAUAGACAAAGAAGAGUUCAAGAAAGUAAUGGCAUUGAUGCGGUCCUAUAACAGACAAGGAGCUGCCCAUAGGCAUGGCUUACGUACAGGAUUUAAAGUUGGCCAGUCUGUGGAAAAUGGUGGGGUGGUUGAGUAUUUCUUUGGUAAUGAUGGGAAUGAACCUUUACACUUUGAUAAGUUCACAAGUUUUUUGAAGGAAUUGCAUGAAGAGAUUAUUCGUCUGGAAUUCAGUCAUUAUGAUGUCAAGUCGACAAACACCAUCCCUGCAAAGGAUUUUGCACUGUCCAUGGUUGCUUCUGCUGACAUGAAUCACAUUAGCAAGCUACUUGAUAGAGCUGAUACGUUGGGCAAUGACCCUUAUCUCAAGAACUUGCGCAUUACCUUUGAGGAGUUCAAGGCAUUUGCUGAUUUACGUCGAAGAUUGGAAUCAUUGACGAUGGCUAUAUUUGCUUAUGGUCAAGUAAAUGGGCUGCUGACAAAGCAGGAUCUGAAGCGUGCAGCUCAGCAUGUCUGUGGUGUUGAAUUAACCGACAGAGUGGUCGACAUCAUUUUCCAUGUGUUUGACAUGAACAAUGAUGGGCACCUGAGCUCAGAGGAGUUUCUGAGAGCACUACAAAGACGAGAAGCCGAUAUUCAUCAGCCAGCGGCACGAGGAGGUCCCAUGGGCUGGCUGAACCCUAAAAACCGCUCUUCGCUUCUGCAGAUGCUGCGCUAGUAGAGUUUUUGAUUGUCGCAAGAUCUUUUCUUCUUUAGCUUUGGGUUAGGUACCAUCUGAAUGGUAUGUCUGCCUAGUGUAGGUCACAUAAGAUUAGUUCAUCCAGUCUUGUUAUAGUAUCCUGUUCUGUCACUUGUGCUCAGGAGUGGGAGGAGAUUUUGCUGUAAAUAUUAUGUAGGUAUAGCGGUUGAUCCGGUUGUAAAUAGUGUCUUUGUUAUAGUCUCUCAGUACAUGGUGAUGUGUUGUAUCAGUAUAGGAGGGUGUAAGUUUCAAACCUUGUCCAUUUUUGCCGUUCCUUUUUUAUUGAUU